AUGCGGUCUACACUCUUUACCAUCUCACUGCUUGGCACGGCCUUCGGCGAGCGGCCAUUCUUGAACGAGCCCGAUACCGGUAUUGAAGAUGUCUUUGGCGCGACUCCAAAUGGCGAGCUCAUCCCUCUUGAUGGGAUUGUCGGCCUUCCCGACUUCGAAUGGGCAGCGCGAAAAGCAAUGAGCCUCGAGAACUACACCUAUUACCGCAACGGGGCCGGCGGCGAAUGGUCUUACCGGAAUAACCUUGAAAUUCAUAACCAGUUUCCACUGAGGCCUAGGAUGAUGGUUGAUAUCACAAAUGUCGAGUCGACACUACCGACUACAAUCUUGGGCCACAACGUCUCAGCACCGUUUUUCAUUGCGCCAUGUUCGCGGGGAGCUUAUGGCAACCCAGAAGAAGCAGAGCGAGGCUUAAUCGAGGGCGCCGCAUCGAAGAACAUCUUAUACAUGGCCGCUUUCUAUGCCAACCUGGCAAUGGAGGAGAUUGGUGAGAUUGCUUCAGACAACCAAACGAUCUUCCGCCAAGUGUAUCUCGACCAGAACAACACAGCCACACAGCAGAUCUUCGACAAGGCUGCCGCCGCAGGUGCCAAGGCGAUCGUCUACACGGUUGACAGCCCAGCCAAUGGUGUCCGCCACCGUGCAGCCCGGUUUGGAGUCGGUUCAGCUGACACCAGCUAUUCAUACAUCACUUGGGACGAGUAUGAGCGCCUGAAAGGCAUGACCGAACUACCCAUCAUCAUUAAGGGCAUCCAGACCGUCGAGGAUGCACAAGAGGCCGUCGCGCGCAAGGUCGACGCCAUCUAUCUUUCCAACCACGGUGGCCGCCAGACUGAUGGAGUGCGCUCCCCGCUAGAGGUUGCGCUGGAGAUUCACAAGCAAGCCCCUGAAGUUUUCUCGCAGAUUGAGGUCUACGCAGAUGGUGGAGUUCGCUAUGGGGCCGAUGUUCUUAGAUUGCUAUCUCUCGGAGUUCGGGCCGUUGGUCUUGGGCGUCCGUUCAUGUAUGCCAAUGUCUAUGGCCGCGAGGGUGUGGAGAAAGCAAUUGAUCUUCUCCGUCAAGAAUUGGCGUGGGAUGCUGGCAACACUGGAGUGGCUGACUUGAGGAAUAUCAGCCCCAAUAUCGUCCAGUGGUAA